GUGGUGCACUCAGAGCCGAGGGAGACCAGGGACCUGAGAGGACAUGUGAAGCUUUCUGCUGUCUGUCUUUGAGGAAGCAGAUUACUGCGUGUCUGAGGAAAGUUUCAGUGCUCCGCUACCCGCACUGUACUCGCAGACAUAUCACACUGUGCAAAGCUCACAGAGACAGCAGUCGGUGCACCUGCGCACACUCCACAGACAUGGUCCCUCUUCUAAUUCUUCUUCUUAUGAUGCCCUGUGAUGCACAGCACCAGGAGAAGCAUCAGGGCCGCUGCGAUGAGGUGCGUGUCCUGCGAUUCUCCACCCCCUGCACCUCCUGCGCUGUCACGCCCACAGCUUUGUGCCCUGUCGGCUCUCGCAAAAUCACGAAGGACAUGGGGACAGCUAACUGCACGUACACAGUGAACAUCGGUGGGCAUUCCAGGCAGCUACCUGGCUGCAGGCACACCUGUGAGAGGAAGGUGACGGAGCACAGAUGCUGUCCUGAGGCCUGGGGCCCUCUGUGUUUGCCAUGCCCCAGCUGGUCUGGUCGCGUCUGCAACUGGCACGGGACCUGCAUGGAUGGGGCCAACAGGAAUGGGACGUGUGUCUGUGAGGAGGGUUUUACAGGGUUUGCUUGCCAGGAAUGUAAGAACAAGAACACUUACGGGGAUCACUGCACCUCAGUGUGUAACUGUGUUCAUGGAGAGUGUAACCAUGGGCCCAGUGGUAAUGGAGAGUGUUACUGUCAGCCACCCUACCAUGGACCCAGGUGUGAUCAAGAGAGCCAGUCCUGUAAGAACUGCAGCCUUCACUCCUACUGCAAGCAGACCGGGGGAACUGCAACCUGCGAGUGCCUGCCAGGGUUUAAGAAGACUGGCCUCACCUGCACAGGGGCGAUGUGCUCGCUGGACGUGUGCGAUCAGAAUGCUGAGUGCACCGAGCUGGGCCCCAGACGCUACCAGUGCAGGUGUAACGCAGGCUAUGAGGGGAACGGCCGAGUGUGUUCCCCGCUGAACCCCUGCACCACUGAUAACGGGGGCUGUCCCACCGACUCAACCGUCUGCAUGUACACCAGCCCCGGGAGGUCUCGCUGUGUGUGUAAGAGUGGGUACGAGGGCUCCACCCCUGAGACAGGGUGCAGGCUGAAGUCAGCUUGCAGAGAGAGCACAUGCCACAAGACAGCCCGGUGCCAAACGGGUCAGAAUGGACUGCCUGCAUGCACCUGCGAUGCCGAGCAAAUUGGUGAUGGCAGACGUUGCUAUGGUAACAUCUUGGAGAGGGUCUUGGAACUGGACCGAGAGGGACCGCUGAGAGGAAACCUGACCGGGGCCAUCCAACUUUUCGAGAAAGGAUGCCAGUUGACCCUGAGCAAGCAUGGCCCUUUCACUGCCCUCGUACCACCACUCAGACAGCCACUGACUAGUGUUUCAGAGAGGUUAUUGUGCAGACAUCACCUGAUCCCUGGUCAGAAAAUACUGAAUCAGCUGCAAGGCAAUGACUUUUGGACACUUGGUGGAGAACAGGUUCGAUUCCGUGAUGACAAGACAUUCCUCUUUGUGAAAUCACCGUACACAUUUUACUCAGUUGUGCAAAGUGAUAUUCCUGCAGCCAAUGGAAUCAUUCACAUUAUCAACGGGCCCAUUACAAACAUAGACCCCGGCACUUCAAACAAUAAGGUUGAAAAUAAGACGAUAGGUGAGAUUCUCGCAAGUAAUCCGAAGUACAGCUCAUUUCAGUCUCUGGUGGACAACUGUGGGAUUCCGCUGCCUCUGAAUGGUGCUGGCCCGCUCACUGUGUUUGUCCCAACGAACGAGGCUUUGGACAGGCUGAGCGACGGCACACUCACGUACCUGCUGACAGAGGGCAAGCACAAACUCCAGGAGCUUCUGAAAUACCACGUGUUCCCAGGAGCCAUGGUCACAGUGGAGGAGCUGAUGAUGAAGGCUGAGGUUCAGACGAUGGCCAGGGUUCAUAUCUCCGUUUCCUGCUCUGAGGAUGGGAGGAUCCUGGUCGAUGGGGUGCCGUUACACGCCACGGACGUGUUUGCGGCCAAUGGCAUCAUCCACCUGAUUGACGGCGUUUUGGCGCCAAACACCAUCACGCCACUCCUGCCGCACAGGUGUGACGUGGCGGGGAGCAGGAUCGCUGUGGGGGAGUGUGUGAGCUGCAGUGAACUGCAGAAGACCCAGUGCCCACCCGGGAGCACUGAGCUGGAGGGUCAUCUCAAAGGCUGUAUGUACCAGCAUCUUCCUGACGUCCCUGUGUACAGCAUGAAGGGUUGUGCCAAAUACUGCAACAUCACCGUAAUGAGAAUAGAGUGCUGUAAGGGUUUCUAUGGCGAAGACUGCAAGCCUUGCGUGGGUGGCUUCCAGCAUCCCUGCCAUGAUAAAGGCCAGUGCAGGGACGGUAUCCAUGGAGAUGGAUCCUGCAUCUGUAUGCCUGGGUUCACGGGCGUGGACUGCCAAACCUGUGAGAAGGAGAGCAAGUGCGGGGAGAACUGCGAUGAAGACUGUCUGUGCGUCCACGGCGUGUGUGACAACCGGCGCGACGGCAAGGGUCUGUGCAAGAAGGGGUCCUGCCAGAAAGGAUACUGGGGCGACCUGUGUGACCUGACGGAGACGCUGUGCUCCUUCGACCGCUACACCCUGUGCCACUACCAGGCCAGCUGUGUCUACGACCCGGAGAGGGGCAGCAUGCAGUGCGUGUGCCAUCAGGGCUACGAAGGGGACGGGGUUACCUGCGUACCUGCGAACCCCUGCCUCAGACCCGACCGUGGCGGCUGCGACAGGAACGCGCAGUGUGCAUAUGAUGCAGACCAGGGCAACACCUCCUGUGUGUGUGGAGAGGGCUGGACAGGGGACGGGAUGGUCUGCACCCCAAUCAACAACUGCCUGCUGGCCUCCCACGGAGACUGCCACAUGCAUGCCGACUGCAGGUACCUGGGACCCGGGCAGAGUGACUGCGAAUGCAGGUCUGGAUUCAGGGGAGAUGGGACACACUGUGAGCCAGUCAACCCCUGUCACUAUGGCAACGGUGGCUGUCACAUCCUGGCCACCUGCACGUUCUCAGGAAACGAGACGCACACCUGUGAGUGUGCGGAUGGGUAUUCUGGGAACGGAACCAUAUGCUACGGAAGCAUACUUAUGGAACUGGAUGGCAAAUCAGAAUUCUAUAGAUUUGAACAUAUGCUCCAGAGGACGACUCCAAUUAUUGCUGGUCUUGAUGGCAAGAUCACAGCACUGGUGCCUACUUAUAAGGCUUUUCGCAAUCUCAGCAGAGAGGAGAGAGACUUCUGGAUGGAAACCUACAGGCUUCCUUACUUACUCAAGGCACACUUUCUGGAUGGGGUUUUUUCCAGUGAGGACCUGAUACAGCGAGCCAAUCAGAAGGUGGCAACUCUCAACCCAAAAAUUAGCUGGGAAGUGAAGAACAUAAGUGGUGAGAUCAUGGUUGGGAGGGCCACCAUCAUGGCUGCAGACCACCCAGCCACAAACGGCUACAUCCACACCAUCGAUAAGAUUCUGCUGCCUCCUGUCUCCAGCCUCCCCCCUCCACCCCCCACCCUGAUGGGGUUCCUCAACCACACCCCUGCUUUCAGCCUCUUUCGGCGGGCCUUUCUGCUGCACAAUGUAACAGCGUCAAUGGCAGAUAUGAAAAAGUUCACCUUACUGCUACCGUCAGAUAAAGCCGUCAAGGAGCAUUUCAGCAGGACAAACUCAACAGAGCUGGAUGAAGAUUUGGUUAAAUACCAUGUUGUUGUUGAUGAGCGUCUGUUUCCUGAUGACCUGAUGAAUGGAAUGACCAAAAAAACGUUGCUUGGCUCCUCCUACUAUGUCAUGUUUCAUGCGGGCAGUAAAAAUGAGAGCAUGGUCAACGAGGUCGUCCUCAGUGGAAACUUCACUGAGAUCAUGUAUGGGAUUGUGAUGGUCAUUCCCCAAGUUUUAGAAAUCCACAAAAACUUCUGUUUCAAGGAGGUGUUCACCAAAAUGGGGGGAUGGUGUGGUCCCUGUGAUGAAGCGCCCAAGUGCUUCUACAGUGGCAAAACGGCUGCGACUGAAUUCCCCCCUGGCAUGAAAUCCAACUGCAGGUACAGGAAGAGGGUGGGGACAAGGAGGCGGUCAGCGCCUGGCUGUGUCAUGGACUGUUUGAGACCUCAUCAGGAAGUGAACUGCUGCCCGGGCUACUUCGGUCAUGCCUGCCAUAAAUGCCCCGGGAGCGUGGACAGCUGGUGCUCCAGCCACGGUCAGUGCCAGGACGGCAUCUUCGGCAGCGGCGAGUGCGUGUGCCAUGAGGGAUUCAACGGAACAGCCUGCGAAGACUGUGCCCCAGGGCGAUACGGCCCCCAGUGCAAGUCAGAGUGUAACUGUAAUCACGGGCGAUGUGUGGAUGGCGUAAACGGAGAUGGAAGGUGUCUGUGUUAUAAGGGCUGGAAAGGCCCCACCUGCUCGGUCGAGAUCGUUGCGGACGAGUGUGGGGGCAUCUGUGACCAGAACGCCAACUGUGUGACAGGUGUCGCCGGCAAACCGGCCACCUGUUUCUGUGUUGCUGGUUACCAAGGGAAUGGAAAAGUCUGCAAAGAGAUUGAACUGUGUGGCUCUGCCAACGGCGGCUGUUCACCGCACGCAAACUGCACCAGAGUAUCACCGGGAGUGAGGAGGUGCACCUGCCGCGCUGGUUACAGCGGGGACGGGGUCGUGUGCGAGGAAUUAAAUGCCUGUUCAUCCUUGCAAAACAUCUGUCAUGAAAAAGCAGAGUGUCUUCAGACAGGCCCCGGUCAGAUCGUCUGCAGGUGUAUGGAGGGCUAUUCUGGAACUGGGCUAUUCUGUCAUCCAGUGAAUCCUUGCAGGAAGAAUAAUGGAGGCUGCAGCGUACAUGCAUGGUGCGAGUUCAGAGGCCCAGGGCAGUACAACUGCACCUGCAGGAGAGGCUACACCGGGGACGGCAUUACCUGCAAGGGCAAUAUAAUGAUAGAAAUUAUGCGCAACCCAAACGCCUACUGGUUCUACAAUAACUUGAGGAAAUCUAAAAUCAACGAUCUACACGAAAAGGGUCCUUUUACAGCAUUCAUUCCCCAUACAGAUUAUAUCAACAAUUUUACGAUGGAGCCCUGGACAGCCGCGGGUCGCAGUGGAGACCUGCUGAGGUAUCACCUGGUGAGCUGUGAGCAGAUGCUGCUGUCUGACCUGCAGUCCAUCGGCCAGGUGUUCUCCCUUUCCGGACACAGUCUGCGCUUCAGCAAGCGAGAGGGUGUUACGUACAUCAACGACGAGGCCAAGAUCAUCACCAGUGAUGAAACUGUCUACAACGGGGUCAUUCACUUCAUAGACAGAGUCCUUGUCCCCUAUGACCUGCAGAAGUACAAAGUGAAUGCCUCCAAGUGGAAUGUUAGCGCUGCAGCGGAGGCUUAUGGGUACAGCACAUUCAGCAAACUGAUCCAGGAGCCCAGCCUGCAGAGUCUGGUCCAGAAUGUGCUGCACCACCCCCUCACCAUGCUGUGGCCCACGGACGAGGUGUUCCGCUCGCUGCCUGAGGAGAGGCGGGCAUGGCUGUUCAAUCCCGAGCAGGCGGAAACGCUGGCCAGCUACGUGAAGGCCCACAUUAUCCGCAACGGCAAACUUGUUGCUGCCAAUCUACCCUCUGUGGAAAAUGUCAGAACAAUGUUCGGGUCAUCUCUCACUUUCGGCUGUGAUAAAAAAAUAGUUGGUGAUAUAGUAGUUGAUGGAGGGAAUGCUAAAAUCAUUGAGCGCCACCUGCAGUUUGACGUGGGGAUUGCGUAUGGGAUUGACCAGCUUCUGGAGCCACCUGGCCUGGGGGCUCACUGCAACGUCUUCAGGGAGAUGAAGAUACCGGGAAGGUGUGAGAGCUGCCUGUCGACCCCCCACUGUCCGUUUGGGCUGACCUUCACGGGGGAAAUCAGCUCCUGUAUGUUCAGCAGGCCGUGGCGGCCCUGGAGGAACUAUGGCUACUUCUCGUCCUCGCGUCCGUGGCAAAUAUUAGACUCCGAGGACAUCCCAGGCUGCAGACGGGAGUGCGGGAAGGUGCAGCUGAUCCAAAAGUGCUGUAAAAAUCAUUACGGGAAAGACUGUCAAGCGUGCCCUGGAGGGCUUGAGGCCCCCUGCAGUAACCAUGGUGACUGUGAUGACGGACAGCAGGGCACAGGGAGAUGCACCUGCCGACCCGGCUUCACGGGCACAGCAUGUGAGCUGUGCAAGAGAAGCCACUACGGACCCAACUGCACAGUGUGUGUCUGCUCUCAGAAUGGGAGGUGUGAGGAUGGCCUGGAUGGGGAUGGAAGCUGCUUCUGCCAGGAGGGCUGGACUGGGGCCCGCUGCGAACUCAAACUGGGAGAAAAGCCGGUCUGCACGCCGGAGUGCCACCCUGCUGCCGUGUGUCAGCCGGGCAACCUGUGCCAGUGUGAGCCGCUGUACGUGGGUGACGGCAGGAACUGCACCGCUCUUGAUCUCUGCAGUGACUACAACGGCGGCUGCCAUCAGCAGGCGGAGUGUGUGCAGACAGGUGUGAACAUCACCUGCACCUGUGUGCCCAGCUACACGGGGGACGGCGUGACCUGCUCGCCCAUCGACAGGUGUGUGCAGGAGGCCAACGGCGGCUGCAGUGAUUUCGCCAACUGCAUCUUCACGGGCCCGAACGAGAGACGGUGUGAGUGCCUCCCGGGGUAUGUGGGAAACGGAGUUCAGUGUCUGGAAAAGGUGGUCCCGCCCGUGGAUCGCUGUCUGCUGGAUAACGGCGGUUGUGACCCCAAGGCCAACUGCAAGGACCUGCACUUCCACGAGAACACUGCUGGAGUGUUCCACCUGAGUUCACCUGAUGGAAGGUACAAACUAACCUACAAAAAAGCCCAGGAAGCCUGUGAGGCUGAGGGCGCCACCCUGGCUACUUUCUCACAAAUGUCUGAUGCCCAACAGCUGGGGAUGCACUUGUGCACAGCAGGCUGGUUGGAUAAAGAGCAGGUGGGUUAUCCUAUCCGCUAUCCCUCACCCAACUGCGGAAACAACCAUGUUGGUGUGGUGCUCUACAAGGAGCCCGUGGACACCAGCAGCAUGUACGACGCCUACUGCUACAGAGUGAAAGAUGUGUCCUGUGAGUGUGGAUCUGGCUAUGUUGGUGAUGGGGAUUUCUGCAAUGGACACUUAGCCAGCAUUGUGGCCACCAACACUAAUUUCUCUCUCUUCUACUCUUCGCUACUGAAGUACACCAGCACUUCCAAGGAAGGGGAGGCCCUGAUGACCUUCCUGUCCACCCCCUCCACAUCAGUCACCCUCUUCGUCCCACAGAAUUCUGGGUUUAACGCAAGCAAGCCCUUAACAUGGAGAGACAUGGAGUACCACUUAACCAUCAACAACACCGUUCACCUGUACGGGAAUCUGGCACACGGUACCAACCUGCAGUCCCGGCUGGGCUUCAGCCUCUCAGUCACCGUCUCUGCAGCCAAUGCUGGGCCCAGCAAUGCGUCCCACGCGACCAAACUGGUGAAUAAGGUGCGGAUCGUGGACUGGGACAUCCCUGCAACCAAUGGGAUAAUCCAUGUAAUCGAGGGGCCUCUGCAGGCUCCGCCCCCCAAUACGCAAAAGGUCAGACCGAGCCAAUCCAUACUCCACUCACAGUCCAGCGGCACCACCGCUGUGCUCACAGUGUGUCUGCUCAUCGCAGCAGGCAUUGGGCUGGUCUACUACUUCCUCAGGAACAGGAAAGACCCCUUCCGGUUUCACUACUUCAAAUCUGAGGAAGAGGAGGAAGAGGCAUGCCGCUCUCAGGAGGAAGGCUCUCCCCCCCUGGUGUCCAUCCCUAACCCCGUGUACAACAGCAGCCCCAGUGCUGCCGACACCUUCCAGGAUGCCCCUGCAGUUGAGAUGUCCGACAGCCAUCCUGUUCACGACUAGUUUAACGCUGAACCAUAAAGAAUAUUGUAAAGACACUGUAACUUUGCAUUAGUGAUAUUAUAAUCACAGCUCUACUGCAAUGGACCUGGACCUGUGUGAUUGGUCAUAUCCUCUUUGGCUCUUUGAAGCCAACCAAUGGGCUCUCCACUCAGCAGUGACCUCCACAGUGAUGCAUUUCCUCUCUGAAAAAAUGGAGCUUCACAUCUUGUUUUACCACUAUCUUUGACUUAUCCGAAAGCCUACAUACAUCCUCAAGCCACAUGGCCAUUAAAAAUGUUGAAUAAUAAAGUUGUUGUCAAGAUGUUUAUAAUUAACCUUCAAGAUACGGACAGUAAUGUCAUAAAUAGAAAUUAAGGCCAACAAAGGACAGUUCUGCCUCAAUUCACACAAAGUGCUUUCAUACAGCAAUUACACACAAAAACAUUUACCCUGUCCUCAAACAUUGUUCAGGAUCAGAUUCCCACAAUUCACAGGCAUACCAAACAACAAAGUUUGGAAACCUGUUCAGAGCACAACCAAUCAAGCAAUCACAAUGCAGUUAAGAGGUUUGAUUAAACAGUGCCCCCAUUUCGGUGGGACACACUCAAAUCAGACUGAUGUUUUGCCUGACCUUUCAAGGACAAUGAGACAUGCCAUUAGUUCCCAUGAUCUUCCAGAGUUUGAGCAAAUAAAAGGAAAUGAAGAAACUCAGCUUCCAGUGCCCGUCUGUGGAUUCAGCCAUGGGACUUAAAGUUAACGUUUGCU